UGCCAGACCUGCUGAGUUUUUCCAGUACUUACGGUGAAACUGUAAGCGUUCACCAUAAAUACUUCCCCGAAAGUUACAGAAACUUUUGGAGCCUUCACAUGCACAGUUAAACAUGGAAAACGAGUGAUUUUGCGCUUCUCGUGACGAUGCACUGUCGAGGUUCCCCAGGAGUGCAAUCAAUAGGAAAAUCAUUGAACCGACAAGAUCUUCAACUCUUGCUAAACUUUAGAACUGGAGAUAUUCCCCUCACCAUUGGAAAUUUCAGCAAACCAAGAUGCUCUUCUAAUGUGUAAAUUUAAUAAACCGGAAUCUGACCUCACACACAUAGCUGUUCGAUGGGUUUUGACAUCACAAUCAAACCAGAAAGACGUUUAUGUAUUUGACGGAGGAGAACAUUCUCCAAAGAGAGAAGGAGCAAAGAUCUUUGAUGAGGCUUUACGGAAAGGAAAUGCUUCACUUUACCUUCCAAAUGUACAACUCAACGAAGAAGGAAAAUACACCUGCAUUGUUUUUGUUACUCCCCAUAAAGAAGAAAAGAGUUCAGUGAUGCAAGUGUCAGCCCAACCAAAAGUCAGCAUGUCCAGACAAGAAAUUACAAGUGUAAAUGGUGCAGAGCACUUUCUGGUGUGUGAUGUUCAGGAAUUUUUUCCUAAACAGCUCAAUAUUAGUUGGUUCAUAUUAUCAAAUGGAAAAAUGGAAUACGUUACACAAAGCCAGUCCACUGAUGACUUAGUUACAAACAGUGAUGGAACAUUCAGUGUUUCCAGUAAAAUAAGAAUUGAACCAACAUUGGGUGACGGCACUAACUAUAGAUGUGUGGUGAAGCAUAAAACCCUUCUUCGCAAUUUUACGCUGGAUGCUGACUCAGUUGAAGAACAAAUACCAAUAGGACCAAUUAUUGGAACCAUCUGUGGCUUUGUUGUGCUUUGUGCAGUAUGUUUGGGAUUUUAUUUCUGGAACAAAAAACAUAAAAGACAAGGCAAAGCAAAGGAAAUUGAAGAUGAUACUGGCAGAGCUCUUAUUGAGAAGCAGAGUUCUCAAUCUCCAAGAGCUCCACCUUCAAUUAAUGAUAUCAAGAAACCUUGUGAAAUCAUAGAUGGUGAGGAAACCAAUCUGAGUUGGGAAGUUACUGUGUUCAGUCCAGAGGUGGUGAAAAUUGUUACGUCUGUGAAGAGGAAAGGGGAGCAGAAGGCAAAGAAGUUAUUUCACUGGGAAAUUUCAGCAGGGCAAUUAUCAGGCCCAAAGAGGGUAACUACUCCCUUCAAAAAUAUGUGCGAUUUAUGUGAGAAAGAUGAUUCCUUCAGUGCUGAGGUGCCAGAAUUACAACGUACAUCUGACGGUUUCCUCAUUCCCUGCUCCGUUACACUAUGUCCUGAUGUAUCCAAGGAUGAUGAUGCUGACUUAAUUGUUGAAGUUAAACAGGACACCAGUGAGGGAACCUGUACUGAAAGCACAGUACUGAAGGUCACAGCAGGACAACAAAAAUCAAAAGAAAGUGAAGAUGAUACUGGUAGUGCCGUUCUUGAGAUGAUUCCUCACAAUAAAAGAGCUCCACCUUCAAUUAGUGAUAUCAAGAAAUCUUUUGAAAUCAUAGAUGGUGAGGAAACCAAUCUGAGUUGGAAAGUUACUGUGUUCAGUCCAGAGGUGGUGAACAUUGUUACAUCUGUGAAGAGGAAAGGGGAGCAGAAGGCAAAGAAGUUAUUUCACUGGGAAAUUUCAGCAGGGCAGUUAUCAGGACCAAAGAGGAUAACUAGUCCCUUCAAAAAUGUAUGCGAUUUAUGUGAGAAAGAUGAUUCCUUCAGUGCUGAGGUGCCAGAAUUACAACGUACAUCUGACGGUUUCCUCAUUCCCUGCUCCGUUACACUGUGUCCUGAUGUAUCCAAGGAUGAUGGUGCUGAGUUAAUUGUUGAAGUUAAACAGGACACCAGUGAGGGAACCUGUACUGAAAACACAGUACUGAAGGUCACAGCAGGACAACAAACAUCAAAAGAAAGUGAAGAUGAUACUGGUAGUGCCGUUCUUGAGAUGAUUCCUCACAAUAAAAGAGCUCCACCUUCAAUUAGUGAUAUCAAGAAACCUUGUGAAAUCAUAGAUGGUGAGGAAACCAAUCUGAGUUGGGAAGUUACUGUGUUCAUUCCAGAGGUGGUGAACAUUGUUACAUCUGUGAAGAGGAAAGGGGAGCAGAAGGCAAAGAAGUUAUUUCACUGGGAAAUUUCAGCAGGGCAGUUAUCAGGCCCAAAGAGGGUAACUAGUCCCUUCAAAAAUGUGUGCGAUUUAUGUGAGAAAGAUGAUUCCUUCAGUGCUGAGGUGCCAGAAUUACAACGUACAUCUGACGGUUUCCUCAUUCCCUGCUCCGUUACACUAUGUCCUGAUGUAUCCAAGGAUGAUGAUGCUGAGUUAAUUGUUGAAGUUAAACAGGACACCAGUGAGGGAACCUGUACUGAAAGCACAGUACUGAAGGUCACUGCAGGACAACAAAAAUCAAAAGAAAGUGAAGAUGAUACUGGUAGUGCCGUUCUUGAGAUGAUUCCUCACAAUAAAAGAGCUCCACCUUCAAUUAGUGAUAUCAAGAAACCUUUUGAAAUCAUAGAUGGUGAGGAAACCAAUCUGAGUUGGAAAGUUACUGUGUUCAGUCCAGAGGUGGUGAACAUUGUUACAUCUGUGAAGAGGAAAGGGGAGCAGAAGGCAAAGAAGUUAUUUCACUGGGAAAUUUCAGCAGGGCAGUUAUCAGGACGAAAGAGGAUAACUAGUCCCUUCAAAAAUGUAUGCGAUUUAUGUGAGAAAGAUGAUUCCUUCAGUGCUGAGGUGCCAGAAUUACAACGUACAUCUGACGGUUUCCUCAUUCCCUGCUCCGUUACACUGUGUCCUGAUGUAUCCAAGGAUGAUGGUGCUGAGUUAAUUGUUGAAGUUAAACAGGACACCAGUGAGGGAACCUGUACUGAAAACACAGUACUGAAGGUCACAGCAGGACAACAAAAAUCAAAAGAAAGUGAAGAUGAUACUGGUAGUGCCGUUCUUGAGAUGAUUCCUCACAAUAAAAGAGCUCCACCUUCAAUUAGUGAUAUCAAGAAACCUUUUGAAAUCAUAGAUGGUGAGGAAACCAAUCUGAGUUGGGAAGUUACUGUGUUCAUUCCAGAGGUGGUGAACAUUGUUACAUCUGUGAAGAGGAAAGGGGAGCAGAAGGCAAAGAAGUUAUUUCACUGGGAAAUUUCAGCAGGGCAGUUAUCAGGCCCAAAGAGGGUAACUAGUCCCUUCAAAAAUGUGUGCGAUUUAUGUGAGAAAGAUGAUUCCUUCAGUGCUGAGGUGCCAGAAUUACAACGUACAUCUGACGGUUUCCUCAUUCCCUGCUCCGUUACACUAUGUCCUGAUGUAUCCAAGGAUGAUGAUGCUGAGUUAAUUGUUGAAGUUAAACAGGACACCAGUGAGGGAACCUGUACUGAAAGCACAGUACUGAAGGUCACUGCAGGACAACAAAAAUCAAAAGAAAGUGAAGAUGAUACUGGUAGUGCCGUUCUUGAGAUGAUUCCUCACAAUAAAAGAGCUCCACCUUCAAUUAGUGAUAUCAAGAAACCUUUUGAAAUCAUAGAUGGUGAGGAAACCAAUCUGAGUUGGAAAGUUACUGUGUUCAGUCCAGAGGUGGUGAACAUUGUUACAUCUGUGAAGAGGAAAGGGGAGCAGAAGGCAAAGAAGUUAUUUCACUGGGAAAUUUCAGCAGGGCAGUUAUCAGGACCAAAGAGGAUAACUAGUCCCUUCAAAAAUGUGUGCGAUUUAUGUGAGAAAGAUGAUUCCUUCAGUGCUGAGGUGCCAGAAUUACAACGUACAUCUGACGGUUUCCUCAUUCCCUGCUCCGUUACACUGUGUCCUGAUGUAUCCAAGGAUGAUGGUGCUGAGUUAAUUGUUGAAGUUAAACAGGACACCAGUGAGGGAACCUGUACUGAAAACACAGUACUGAAGGUCACAGCAGGACAACAAAAAUCAAAAGAAAGUGAAGAUGAUACUGGUAGUGCCGUUCUUGAGAUGAUUCCUCACAAUAAAAGAGGACAACAAAAAUCAAAAGAAAGUGAAGAUGAUAGUGGUAGUGCCGUUCUUGAGAUGAUUCCUCACAAUAAAAGAGCUCCACCUUCAAUUAGUGAUAUCAAGAAACCUUGUGAAAUCAUAGAUGGUGAGGAAACCAAUCUGAGUUGGGAAGUUGCUGUGUUCAUUCCAGAGGUGGUGAACAUUGUUACAUCUGUGAAGAGGAAAGGGGAGCAGAAGGCAAAGAAGUUAUUUCACUGGGAAAUUUCAGCAGGGCAGUUAUCAGGACCAAAGAGGAUAACUAGUCCCUUCAAAAAUGUAUGCGAUUUAUGUGAGAAAGAUGAUUCCUUCAGUGCUGAGGUGCCAGAAUUACAACGUACAUCUGACGGUUUCCUCAUUCCCUGCUCCAUUACACUGUGUCCUGAUGUAUCCAAGGAUGAUGGUGCUGAGUUAAUUGUUGAAGUUAAACAGGACACCAGUGAGAGAACCUGUACUGAAAACACAGUACUGAAGGUCACAGCAGGACAACAAAAAUCAAAAGAAAGUGAAGAUGAUACUGGUAGUGCCGUUCUUGAGAUGAUUCCUCACAAUAAAAGAGGACAACAAAAAUCAAAAGAAAGUGAAGAUGAUACUGGUAGUGCCGUUCUUGAGAUGAUUCCUCACAAUAAAAGAGCUCCACUUUCAAUUAGUGAUAUUCAGAAACCGGAUGAAAUUAUAGCUGGCGAGAAAACCAAUUUGAGUUGGGAAGUUAACUUGUUCAGUCCAGGAAUGGUGAACAUUGUUACAUCCGUGAAGAGGAAAGGGGAGCAGAAAGCAAGGAAGUUAUUUCACUGGGAAAUGCCAGCAGAAAAUUUCUCAGGACCAAAGAGACUAACUGUCCUGCUCAAGGAUCUUUCAGAUUUAAGCAAGAAAGAUGAUUCCUUCAGUGCUGAGGUGCCAGAAUUGCAACAUACAUCUGACAGUGGCCGCAUUCCCUGCUCUGUUACAUUGUGUCCUGAUGUAUCCAAGGAUGAUGGUGCUGAGUUAAUUAUUGAAGUUAAACAGGACACCAGUGAGGAAACUUCUUCUAAAAGCACAGUACUGAAGGUCAUUGCAGGGCCACCAAAACUAAAAGAAGCUGAAGAUGAUGGUGGCCAAACAGUUGAGAAGAUGAUUUGUCAUGUUGAAAGAGAAGCAGAGAAAACCUGCACAGGAGAAGAAAGCAAUACUGAGGAAACAAUGCAAGUCACCAAUAAUCACCUCAGGCAAGAUGAGUUGCAAGAAAAAUAUAAUUGGGAAACUGAAGUUGAAAUUAGUAGAGAAAGUUCCAAGUCAAGUAUGGGAGAACCAAAAGACAAAGGAGAAGAAAAUAGCCUUAAAGCUCCCAAUGAAAAAGAAGAAAAUCCAAGUCCAUAGCAAAACAUCAAGUGUAAGAACGCAACAUUCUUCUACCAUAAGAUCAUGUUGGACUUAGGAAUGUCAAGAGAUCUCAAAUGCACCAAAUUACUCUGCUGACUGUCAAUCUAGCUGUUAUCUCGCCAUGAAACACUACUUUCUGCUGCUGCUCAAGAAGCUGAGGACUGAUCUUCAUUGGCUGACCUUACUGGCUAUUUUGUACAAUUUAUUUUAAAUCAUUUAUUAUUAUUAGCUCAGUGUUAGCACUCUUUCCUCAGCUGGGAGGUUUUGAUGGCAAGGUGAAGGUACUCAAAAGCAACUCCUUAGAGAGUAAAUUGGUUGUCAAGAGACAAAUUGAAUUUGAAGUGAAGCAGUGUGAAUCUACUUCUUUGCUCUAAUGUCAGGGUAAUUGGAUCAGUCGAAACCACGUGACGCAACAUUACAAUUAUAGCGUGGAUGCAUCCUUAAAGGCACAUAGUUCCAUUUUGGUAGCAAAAGAUCACAUUGUACAUUACAUUCAUGUCCUUUAAAUGGCUGUAUCUGUUUAAGUUCGGAUUGUAGCCCUUUAAGGGUUGUUCCUGUAUGCAACUUCUGCCUUUUUUCUUAGUGAUAUUUCAGGACAACAUCAAAUGGGAACUAGGCGGUUCUCGAGAAUCAGUAUUAACUCUGUAAAUCAGCCCAGUCACUCAGUUGGCUGAGCUAAUUUUUCUGAAGGAAAUCAUUCUCUAGGUUAUUAUAUGCAAGAGUUAUUAAAGCAAUACUGAAUUUC